AUGGCUUCGGUUCCAGGCCCAGAUUUCAGAAGUAUUAUCAACUCUCCCCAGUUCACCUUCUUGAUCGGACCCGGCCACUCAAAAGUCACCAUCCAAUCUGGCCUUGCCAAACAUGUCUCUCCCCGGCUCGAUGGGCUGAUGAACAACGGCCAUACUCGCGAAUCCCGGCACCGUAUCGCAGUCCUGGAGGACGAACAUGUUGAGACCUUCACUGGUUUCUGCGAAUUUGCAUACACCGGAGAUUAUACCGUUCCCGUUCGUCAGACCAGAUCCGACCUACCAGAGUCUUCGGAAUAUGGAGAACCUUGCUCCCCAUCUGCGAACCUCCAUGUACCGCCGCCGGCACCAUCGCCCCCUUCCUCUCCAAAAGCACCACGGCCAGAGGAUUCAUGCGCCAUCUGGGAUGACGAAGAUGAUCUUCCAAAGGAAGAGCCCGCCGUGGUCCAGCCUCAGGCACUUGUUGUGAAGGAGGACCCUCAGCCCCAGCCCCAGCCCCAGCCCCAGGAAGAGGAAGAUGACUCAAAGGGAGCCGCUGACGCCGGAAAGAAGGGCAAGAAGAGCAAGAAAGAGAAAAAGGCAAAGAAAAAAGUAGUUGAAGAGCGUCCUGCUGCAAACACUCUCACGCCUCCUAAAACUCCUCCGCCCACGGAGAAUAAAGAGAAUGUUAAAGAUAUUGCCGUGAUUGAAGAGAAAAAUACUGAGGCCGUCACUGCAGUGGCUCCAUUCCAGCAAGAAGAAAAGCCUAAAGAGAAACCUGAAGAAAAGCCGGAAGAAACCCAAAACACAGAGUCUGGCGAUUGGCCUGAAUUCCAGGCAACUCAAGCAGAGUCAAUACUCGAGACAUCCAAGUCCGAAGGCUCUGUUAGAGGAGAACCCUUCUUCCCCCUUCCAUCUUCCCGACCCGCUGGUGUGUCUCUAUGGGAUGAAUUCACCGCUAUUCAGUACCCACAGUACGAACGUAGGACCGCUCCAUUAAGCCAUUCACAAGCAAACAGUGACUCCCGCGACGUCCCUUACAUCUUAUACCAUGCCAAAAUCUAUGUAUUCGCCUCCCGCUACCUCGUUCCAGCCCUUGCCCAGCUCGCCCUUACCAAGCUCCAUCGAGAACUGGUCUCGUUUCCUCUGCGAGCAUCUGGCCAUGGCUAUGGGGAUAACGGCACUAUACCCUAUGUAUUAGAAUUGCUACACUAUACAUUCAAGAACACGAAGGCAUAUGACCCGAGAUUUCCUUCGUUGGAUGCUAGCGCAGAUCUCCCGUCCGAGAGGGAGAACCGACUUCGCAAACUCACAACUCACUACGUUGCCUGCAAAAAGGAGAUGCUCCACUGA